CCACAGCGCGCGCUCCAUGGGGUGGCAGCAAACGGAGAGGAGACAGGGGAAGAAAGCACGCGCUGGCUUUGGUUCACCGAAGGCUGGGUGGGGGAGCCGUGGAGCCCUCUGCCUUCGCGCGCGCACACCUGUAUGGAUGACCACUUUAACCUCAUCGACUCGCCCUCCGUGAGGCACCGAGGCAACGGCGAGGAGCACAGCUACGGGGAGAGGGACAAAGCCAUCAUGACAGUUGUUGCUUGUGACAGCAUGCUGGAGGAAACGACCGCGCUCCCCUCUCACCUGCCCGUGGAUCGAUAUGAACACCAGCACGAGUGUUGUGAGCGGGUGGUCAUCAACAUUUCGGGCUUGCGCUUUGAAACGCAGCUCAAAACUUUUAACCAGUUUCCGGAUACAUUACUUGGGGACCCAAAGAAAAGGAUGCGUUACUUUGAUCCCCUGAGAAACGAAUAUUUCUUUGACAGAAAUCGACCCAGCUUCGAUGCCAUUUUGUACUACUAUCAGUCGGGCGGGCGCAUUCGCAGACCCGUGAAUGUGCCCAUAGAUGUUUUCUCUGAGGAAAUCAGAUUUUAUCAACUUGGCGAGGAAGCCAUGGAGAAAUUUCGAGAGGACGAGGGCUUCAUAAAGGAAGAGGAGCGCCCCUUGCCAGAUCAUGAAUUCCAAAGGCAGGUCUGGCUUUUGUUUGAGUACCCCGAGAGCUCAGGUCCAGCGAGGGGCAUUGCCAUCGUGUCAGUGCUAGUCAUCCUCAUCUCAAUCGUCAUAUUUUGUCUAGAGACUUUGCCUGAAUUUCGGGACGACAGAGACCCAGUCACAGUGGCUCCAACAAUAAACGGAACUGGCCCAUAUGUCCGGAGUCCCUUCACAGACCCUUUCUUUGUUAUAGAAACACUUUGUAUAAUUUGGUUCUCUUUCGAACUAUUGGUCAGAUUCUUUGCCUGUCCCAGCAAAACCACUUUCUCCAAAAACAUCAUGAACAUCAUAGACAUUGUGGCCAUCAUCCCAUACUUCAUCACUCUGGGGACGGAGCUCGCUCAGAGGCAAGGCAAUGGGCAGCAAGCCAUGUCGCUCGCAAUUCUCAGGGUGAUUAGGCUCGUGCGAGUUUUUCGUAUCUUUAAGCUCUCUCGUCACUCCAAGGGCCUUCAGAUUUUAGGCCAGACUCUAAAAGCCAGCAUGAGAGAGCUGGGACUGUUAAUAUUCUUCCUUUUCAUUGGAGUUAUUUUGUUCUCCAGCGCGGUAUACUUCGCGGAGGCAGACGACCCUACCUCGAGUUUCAGUAGUAUUCCAGAUGCGUUCUGGUGGGCUGUAGUAACCAUGACUACGGUCGGAUAUGGGGACAUGCAUCCAGUAACGAUUGGAGGCAAAAUAGUGGGCUCUUUGUGUGCCAUCGCCGGAGUGCUCACCAUUGCGCUCCCCGUGCCCGUCAUAGUGUCCAAUUUCAACUACUUUUACCACCGCGAGACAGACGGAGAGGAGCACGCUCAGUACCUUCACGUUGGCAGCUGCCAGCACCUCUCUUCUACCGAGGAGCUCAAACGGACGCGCAGUACAUCCUCCCUCAGCAAGUCGGAGUAUAUGGUGAUAGAGGAGGGGAUCAAUAAUGCAUUCAAACAGCCAAACUUUACCAACCAGAACAAUCAAAACUGUGUGAAUAUCAAAAAGAUUUUCACCGACGUCUAACGCCGACCAGUUCGUUGUUAGUGAAUAUAUAUAUAUAUCAGGUCAACGUUUGAAAUUAUGUAUAAGCUUAAAUCGAUGGUAUAACCACCGUGAUGUGCAGGUGCAGAUUUUCCAUAUAGCCUACUGUACGUUAGAGGGUUCGUGUUUCUGAAUCACAAACAAACGGACUCGCCUUAGGGUUCCACACGGUGCCAACAUGUCCAGUAGUUCAGUACAGACCCAACGUGUUGCUUUAAUUUCGAUCACUGGAAGGGGUCCUAAUGUCAAACAUGAUUGUGCUCAUUUUGUAAUGGCGUUAAGUAAAUGUCUAUGUUUGCUUUCGGUGUUUCAUAUAUGAUUAUAGCCUAUAUAUACACAUAUACUCGCUGUGAGAGGUUUUAAUGUGAUAUUAUCGGUAUAUAUCCAGAAUUUUGAAAACAAAAAAACAACAACCACAAGUGUCGACGUAAACGUGAUGAAACGAUUGUUAUCGAAAGCAAUGUUAGGUAGUGAUGGUCCUGUCUUUUGUUAUUACUGUGGAAUCACACUCAAUUCAAGUAGGAGUUUGGAACGGAUAUAACUAUGCUGCCAUAACACUAUAUAAACUUGAUUUAUAAGUGAAAUAUUCUACAUAUAAUGUUUAACUUAUAACUUUAUGAAACAAUAUAUCUAAACAAACAUACAGUAUAUACCGAUGAAAUAAUGAGCAGGCUAACCGUAAGAGAUUGUCACUGUUGAAUGCACUUGGCAGCACGCUUUGUUUGCGAUUUGAUGUAUGGCAACUGUUGUAGACACUGAAACUGGCAUCACAACACGUGCUAGUCGAAGGAGGGUGGACAAAGUAAACAUGUUUCCUGCUAAACGUGGCACCGACCAGCUUCUCUCAGGAGGACUUCACUGGAUUCGAUGGAAAAGACUGUUGGACGUCUCUCAUCUGCGGAGCAAUGAAAAAAAAAAAGAGAUCACAGAGGACCGCCCUCCGAGUCGACGCCCCUGAGCCCGCCUUGUGAUGCAGUCUCCAUAGCGACUUCAGUUUCCUGGGAUGACAGCCUUCACACGAGAGAGAGAGAGAGAGAGAGAGAGAGAGAGAGAGAAAGAGAAACGAAGGAGGAACAUGUCCAAGAGCCAGCCAGCUGUCCUCCGUCGUGACAUACUGUAGCGCCUUCCUGACGGAUCCUGACGGUUCUGUGACCGUCUUCCAUAUGGCCCGUUUGGACCGGGUGAGAGGGCAUGGCGGGCGGGCGGCCUGAGUUCGCCCAGGGUGGCCUGGUGAAGGAGGCCCAGAAAUAGCAUCUGUCACCAGGGGACGCGACUUGACUCCGCCUCGCCUCGCCUCGGCCUCGUGGUGAUCUCUCUCUCUCUCUCUCUCUCUCUCUCUCUCUCUCUCUCUCUCUCUCUCUCUCUCUCUCUCUCUCUCUCUGCAGCCUGUCAUCACCACAGCGGC